AUGGUCCUCUGCAAGCGAGGUCACUGCGGCGAGCAGGCGGGCUCAGCUGCCGUGGCAAGCACCAUGGUGAGCAUGAUGGAAGCUGUUUUCAAGGGAAACCAUCUUAAUUUUUAUCGAUCGUUGGUUGAGCUCUACUCCUGCCUGCGGGCUGGCAGCCGCCCUCACGCAUCCCACUCCGAACACCCAACAGCGGGGGCAGCACUGCUGGGGGUGCUCCGGCCCACGGGGGAGAGGGACUCCCGGCCACGGGGUCAGUGGUCCAAGGGGGGGUCCAGCUACCGAGACAGUGUUGCCGAGUGGUUCUUGGUCACGGGGUGGGUCCCUCCGGGCCGGACUGAGGAUGCCAAGCUCGUGCGGGCAGGCAGCGCAUCCCGCACCGAGGGCCCCCUUCCCCCCCCCCGCGGCCAUGGCCAGGGCCCUCUUCAUCCCCCUCCCGCCGCCCCCAUCCCGCUUCCCGCCGCGGGCAGCCGCUGCCACCUGCCGGUAGCCCGGCCCCGCCGGAGCGAGCAGCCGCAGCCCCCUGCCAGCCUCCCCCGGCUCCUCCGGUCGCCUCCCGCAAGAGGCAUCCCCCUGCAGCAGGUAUCCACCCGCAGCAAACUCCUCCUGGUGUCUUUCGAUGGCUUUCGAUGGAACUACGACCAGGACGUGGACACCCCCAACCUGGACACCAUGGCUGUGGAGGGGGUGAAGGCUCAGUACAUGACUCCCACCUUCAUCACCAUCACCAGCCCCUGCCACUUCACACUGCUGACCGGGCGAUACCUGGAGAACCAUGGGGUGAUUCACAACAUGUGGUUUGACACCAAGACAGGGGUAAAGCUGCCCUACUACAGCACGCAAGGUGUGGACAGCUGGUGGGACAAUGGCAGCCUGCCCAUCUGGAUCACUGCCCAGAGACAGGGCUUAAAGACAGGCUCGAUCCAUUUCCCUGGAGGAAGAGCAAAAUAUCAAGGGGAAGAAGUGAACAUGAAGCUGGUGGAGCCCCCCCUGUUCUACUACAGCAAUGAAACCAACUGGAGAGAGAGCAUUGACACCGUCAUGAAAUGGUUCACAGUGAACAACCUCGACUUCAUCGCUCUCUACUUCGGGGAGCCAGACUCAGCAGGACACAAGUUUGGCCCUGAAUCCAAGCAGAGGAAAAACAUGAUUAAGCAGGUGGACAGAACUGUGGGUUACUUGAGGCAGCAGAUCAGGGAAAGUGGCCUGCAAUCAAACCUCAACCUCAUCAUCACAUCUGACCACGGGAUGGAGACUGUCAUAAAGACCAACGAGAUUCACAUCAAAGAAGUGGAGAACUUCACAUUCAAAGACAUCGCAUUCGAACUCUUAGAUUAUGGACCAAAUGGUCUCCUGGUGCCAAAAGAAGGAAAAUUAGAGCAUGUGUAUUCAGUCCUGAAGAAUGCCCACCCAAACUUACACGUGUACAAGAAAGAAGAGUUCCCAAAGAGAUUCCACUAUGCCAACCAUUCCCGGAUCACCCCGCUCAUACUGUACAGCGAUCCAGGAUAUGUGAUCCAUGGGAGAUACAAGGUCCAGCUUAACAAAGGGGAACACGGCUUCGACAACGAGAACAUGAACAUGAAAACCAUCUUCCGUGCCGUGGGGCCAGCCUUCAAGCAGGGGCUGGUGGUCGAGCCCUUCGAAAGCAUCAAUGUCUACGCCCUCCUCUGCGAGCUGCUGGGCAUCAUCCCCGAGCCCCACGACGGCUCCCUGGAGGUCAUGAAGCCCAUGCUGCGUGAGUCUGCGGGCACCGGGAGAGGGCACCGGGAGCGGGCGCCGCCGGGUCUGCUCGAGAUUCCCGCGGGGACAGCGACAUCUGGUGGCAUCGGGGGCUCCCGCCACCUCCCGGGGGCUCCGUGUCACCGGCCCCGUCCGUGCCUCCAUCCCGGCCCCAUCGCAGCACGCUGCCGUUUGCUGUGCCCGCCCCCGCGGCCCCGGUUCAAGCGCUCCUCUCCCCGCUGCCAAGAAGCUGGAGGUGGUGCUGGGAAUUGCUCUGGUUCUGAGCUUCUGGGGAGGAAUCCACUAACCCCACCCCCCCGCCAGGACAGCAGCACUGUGCUUGUUUUACAGCCAGAAGCACCGGGCUUGGCUGGGGGCUGGUCUGUCCGAGCCCCGGUGGUCACACUGAGCUCGCAGCCCAUCACCGGGUGUCCCCUGUGGCCGGUACAGAGCAGGAUGCUUGUAGAGCUGGACCCAGCCUGGUUCCCAGACUACGUGGAGUUUCUAGUGAGCAACGUCCGGCUGUGA